GGCUGCUCCCUGGCUCCUCUUGCAAAUUCCAAAUCUUGACCUCCGCUCCUUUUAGGUAAACUGAGUUCAGGUAAACCUUUUCCAGAUGUUAAUUAAGUAUCUUCUGCUUCAUUUCCUGCUUCCUAACCGAGUCUCUUCUUUCCCAAAUGCAUUCACAUUUCCUGAACUGUCUGCUGCCUCACCUCCACUCCCCACAACUGGAUCAGGAGAGCUGGCUUCUGGAAGCUCUUGGCGCCCGCUGAGGAGUGACUGAACCCUGGGGGGCAGACCCAUGGCUACGUGCGCGGGCACACAGGCACCCAGGUUUUCACAGCCUUCCCCGACAGGAGCUAGAGGGCAGCCCAGGAGCCUCACGGACGUCUCCCUCUGAGGCCAAAUGUUCUCUGCCUGGAAGAGUCCAAUGUUCCGGUCUUUUUAUGAGGACCCCGUGCCCACCACAGCCUCUUUUGGCUCAGAAAUGCUCAACAUCACCUCGCAGGCCCUCGCGCCCUCUCUCAACGGGACGCUGUCCCAGAGCUGCAUGGACACCGAGUGGAGGAGCUGGCUCAACGCCUUCCAGGCUCCCUUCCUCUGGGUCCUGUUCACGCUGGCGGCCCUCGAGAACAUCUUCGUCCUCAGCGUCUUCUGCCUGCACAAGAGCAGCUGCACGGUGGCUGAGAUCUACCUGGGCAACCUGGCCGUGGCCGACCUGAUCCUGGCCUGCGGGCUGCCCUUCUGGGCCAUCACCAUCGCCCACAACUUCGACUGGCUCUUCGGGGAGGUCCUCUGCCGCGUGGUGAACACCAUGCUCUACAUGAACCUCUAUAGCAGCAUCUGCUUCCUGAUGCUGGUGAGCAUUGACCGCUACCUGGCCCUGGUGAAAACCAUGUCCAUGGGCCGGAUGCGCGGGGUGCGCUGGGCCAAACUCUACAGCCUGGUGAUCUGGGGGUGCACGCUGCUCCUGAGCUCGCCCAUGCUGGCCUUCCGGACCAUGAAGGACUACAGGGCCGAGGGCUACAACGUCACGGCCUGCAUCAUCAUCUACCCGUCCCGCACCUGGGAGCUCUUCACCAACACGCUCUUGAACUCCGUGGGCUUCCUGUUGCCGCUGGUGGUCAUCACCUUCUGCACCGUGCAGAUCAUGAAGGUGCUGCGCAACAACGAGAUGCAGAAGUUCAAGGAGAUCCAGACGGAGAGGAAGGCCACCGUGCUGGUGCUGGUUGUGCUGCUGCUCUUCGUGGCCUGCUGGCUGCCCUUCCAGAUCAGCACCUUCCUGGACACGCUGCUGUGCCUCAACGUCCUGUCGGGCUGCUGGGCUGAGCACCUGGUGGACAUCUUCACGCAGAUCGCCUCCUACCUGGCCUACAGCAACAGCUGCCUCAACCCGCUCGUCUACGUGAUCGUGGGCAAGCGCUUCCGCAAGAAGUCGCGGGAGGUGUUCCGGGGGCUGUGCCAGAAAGGGGGCUGCGUGUCGGAGUCCAACAAGACGGAGAACUCCAUGGGCACGCUACGGACCUCCAUCUCGGUGGACCGCCAUAUUCACAGACUGCCGGAGUGGGUGGGGAACAGUCAGUGAGGGCCGCCCCGAGGACUACGGGUGUGAGGACGCGGUUGCAGCCGCCCCUUCAGGAUGUGCCCGAGCGGGAACGGAAGGCACGCUGUGCGUGCGACCUUGGGCAGUACAUCCACGUGUCCGGUAACACACGGGCGCUUCAUUCCUGCCCUGCCCAAGAUGGCAGCGGGCGAGGCCAUGACAAUGGGGUGACCUUGUGCACAGCCAAGGGCACUGUAAACCCAACAGUAUUAUUGUUCCCAUUUGCUGCCACCUGUGGGCCAGCCUGCUUCUUCCCAGGAGUGGGGGGGGGGGGUGGCCUGGGGACAGGGAUGGGAAUGCCCGAGCUUCCCUCCCACGUGGUGCCCCACCCUGCCCCAGAGGGCCGUCUCAGCUCCCCGGGAGCACUGCCCCCCCAGCUUUGAGGCCACGGCUGGGUGCACAGGGGGGGCCUGGCUGGAGUUUUGCCUUCUGUCCCUUAAAUCCACCCAGCUGGGACUCCCUGGGAACCCGCAGACUGGGAUUCCAUCACCUCCCCUCCCCAUGGACAGGAAAAGUCUGUGCCAAACAAGAACUCAGUAAGCACUUAUUUAGCACUUGCUGUAUAUGCAAGUACUGAGCACGGCCCGGCAAGAAGGAAGAAAAAGAAAGAAUAAUCUCCGUCCCAGAGGCACUAACAAACUCGAACAGGGAUGACUGAGUUCUUCCACCCCCCCACCCCCCCAGAAGGCUGUUCGGCGUCGUGGUGGAGCGAGGCACGCUGGCUGGCUCAGAGGAGAGGGGUGAGGAGCCUGAUGCCCCGGCUCAGCUGAUAAUUAGUGGCAUGUCACUUACCCCUGCCUGCUUCGUCCUCCGAGACACCAGCUUGUUGGGGGAGGACUGAAAGACGUAAGGGGCAAGGAAGGACUUUGGAAAAAGGAAAGGUGCUAUAUAAACGUGAGGCUUUUUUAAGCGCACAGAAUGGAAAUAAAUUUAUUAUUAAAAAACAGA